GAUAUGUUGAUGCUUUCGCCCCACUUCUGUAUAUACGGGUUAAAAAUAGACUAAUCAUCUUACUUUUAUAAAUUAAUAUUUAAUGUGUUGCAGAACCUGAUAAAUGAGAGUAAGAGCUGAUCAGGAUUCAGAGCGAACAGCAGUUCACUGAGCCACGCUGUCACCCUACCUCCACAGGGACACGAUACCCGGCCUUAUCUGAGUUGUGUAGCUCCAGUCUGGUUUGACUGGAGCGCUGGGUUGCCUGGUUAUGGUGGUGUCAGCUGAUAAGGCAGUGAAAGGCCUUUUCAGAGCGCUGGGCUCUGUUACUCUUACUUCUUACAAAUGAACAUUCAUAGACUCUGAGAACAAAUCCAACGGCUGUAACUCGAUGCUGGCAGAGGAAAAGCCUCCUCCCAAUGUGUCCACUCGGUCUUUAUGUCUCCUUUUCUUUCUGUUUCUUUUCUCUUCCCUUUAAGUAAACAUAUGUAGCUAGAGGAUUUGAGUUUUGCCCUAUUAUUGCUUUAGAAAGUUGUCUUUAUGUUCUAAGGUGUGACGGCACAGUUUGACUUGGCACGUCCUCGGAUCAGUCAUGCACGAUGCAACAGGGGACGUUUCAUAGCUGUGGCUGAGUGAGUUUACUCAGGCUCACCCGUGUGAUGCUAAGCUACCUGACGUGUGUAAUCAAGCGGGUGUUUCUUUACAGAAUCUCCGUGUGCGGAUGGUGAGAGGUUCGGGGCUGGCCCUGUCGUUUGGAAAGCUGCCCGGGUCCCUGUGCUCUAAGUACAUGCUGGUGGACGGAGAGAAAGUCAUGUUUGGGUCUUACAGCUUCACCUGGAGCUCCUCUCGGAUGGACAGGAACACGAUCACCGUGAUGUCGGGACAGAUCGUGGACUCCUUCGACAAUGACUUCAGGGAGUUGUACGCUGUGUCCGAUGAGGUGGACCUCUACAGCGAGUUCAACAUCACCAAGCCGCCAAUCGCUACGCCCAUCAGGAAGACGAAGGUGGAGAAAAUCCAGCCUCUGCCCGUCACCACGUCUCGCUUUCAGGUAUCUGUCGGGGACUCCAGACAGGUGGACCUGAAGGUACCUGCACAUAAAUACCACAAUCCUAAGUACUCUUUAGUUUUCGGGAACAGUAUGGGCCUCACAGGUUCCCUGCAAGACCUGUCGACCCCGAGCGACUCGCUGGUCGGCGGGCUGAACGCGAGGAACGGACUGCAGAACAACAUCCUUCAUGCCAGCAGGGACAAGGUGGACCAGGUCCCCCCACAGAGUCCUGGUCCGCCUGCAGAGGAUGAGGAUGUUGAUGGAAAGGGGGGCUCUAAGAAGAACCCGCUCUUCGGAGCGAAGAAACAACGCAGUUCUUUUAGGCACUUCUUGAAAUCUAGAGGAGCCACAGAGACUUUAGUAGAAGGCGUGGUCACUCCUCAGAGCCCCUCCCCCACCUGUAAGGUCUCGGAGACCAAUGGCGUUGCAGGAAAUGAGGCGGAGGACUCGUUUGAGAUCAUUGAGGUACCAAGUCUAGCGAAAUCCAAAACCAAGAAGCCCUCAAAGCUCCUCCAAAGAAGUGUGUCUCUGCAGACCAUCAACACCGGAGCCGAAGACGGAUCUAAAGGCCGCCAGCGGCAUCAAAAGAAGAAUUGCAUCCAGUCAUGAGAUCAGAAACUAGAGGACAGUCUGUCGUAAAGAUCUCACGAGUCCCACAAUCCAUCACUGAAACCAGGUGACUUCACUGUCCUGCUACACUUCAGGUGGAAGUCCUGAUGGGAGUGACCACCGAGGAGAUGUGGUAGUUUAACUAGUCAUGUGCGGACAAAAACUCCGGAGAAUCGCAACGCUGAAGCCAAAGUGCUGAUGGAGGGAAAUUCCAUCUAAGUUGUUUUUUUUAUGUUUUAUUGUUUUUUUUGUAUUAAAUUAAUACAGUUCAGUGUUUUUAUAUUUCGUGCUGGACCCUGAACACCACACAGGCUGCGUCACCCAGGUAGCGUGGGUGAACUACGUCACACCUGGUUGCUAUAGAGACAGGAGAAGUGACGAGUCGUGCUGUUUGUCCCCGAGUGUCGCCUUACAGACGACCCUCGGUAACAGAAUAAGUGUUGUACAGGCUGUGAAUAAUGUAGGCUGGGCUGUGUGGAUGACACAGUCCUGCCGUGUGAGGACUUUGUGUGUUUACACUUUGGCUUUAUUCAGGAGAAAACAGACCGAGGUUAAAAUGUGAAUCCUUCAGAGCCACUUGAGAUGCAAAGAAUCCUACUUUUGAAGCAGAAAUUGCAUAAAAGACAUGAAAAUAAACUGUAAAAACUGGUUUGUGUGAUUGAAUGUCAAGCAAAAGUCUGAGAUAACGAAUGUGUGGAAUUUGAGGCAAGCCAAAAUAUCUUCUCAAAAAAUGUCAGUGAUUUUGUACAAUGUGAAACAGAAUUUAGUCAAAAACCAAAGUUACAUUCUGGUACAUUAUUAUCAGCUCUGUACUUUAUAUGCAUGAAAGUACUUUAUGACUGAAGACGAAGUCCCGUUCGUGGUUUAUUGUUAAUUUCAGGAUGAAUAAUUAUUCAACAUUGUUUUAUUACUCGACCUAAUUUAACAACAACUCCUUGAGAAUGAUUUACAGAACAUGAUGUAUUAAGUCUUUUUAAAGUCAUUCAAAUGUGUAUUCUCAUCUGCUCUAUAUGUGUGAUCGGGGUUGACGGGUGUUGAUGAGGAACUACCAUCUAUAGAUAUAUAUAUAGAUAUCUAUAUAUGUAUAUCUAGAUGAAUAGAUAAUGCCUCAUUUGCAUAUUUAAACAUAACAUUUCAGAAAACUUGUAAUACAAAUAACGUAUUCUUAAAGUGAGUAAUCAACUGGUGAAGUUUCAUGGUGAUAUCUAUCAGUUCAUGUUCUGACCCUAUUCACCUGUAGUCUUCUAAAUG